AUGGAGGGAGCAGCUCUCCUCCGCUCGUCUCUUUCCUCCACCAACCGCGCCUUCUUCUCCUUCCGCCCCCGCUUCUCCCGCUCCUUCUCCUCUUCUGCUUCUUCAGCUCUCAGAACCAAUCGCCACCGUCAGAUUCUCCGGCCCUCCCUCCUCCGCCGCACCUUCCUCCUUCCCGCCGCCUCCCCUCACUUCUCCAGGCGCUUCUCCUCCCUCUCCCCGCGCGCCGUCGCCACGCCGCUCACGCCGUCUCCGUCUGAGUCGUCUGGAGUUUCCGAUGAGGUUGCGGAAAAGCUGGGAUUCGAGAAGGUCACUGAAGAAUUUAUUGGAGAGUGUAAAUCCAAAGCUCUGCUCUUCCGGCACAAGAAGACCGGUGCUCAGAUGAUUUCGGUUUCUAAUGAUGAUGAGAACAAGGUUUUCGGCAUUGUUUUCCGAACACCACCAAAUGAUUCCACUGGAAUUCCACACAUUCUGGAGCAUAGUGUGUUGUGUGGGUCCAGGAAAUACCCUUUGAAAGAGCCGUUUGUGGAAUUGUUGAAAGGGAGCUUGAACACUUUUCUCAACGCAUUCACCUAUCCUGAUAGGACUUGCUACCCCGUUGCCUCCACAAAUACAAAGGAUUUCUAUAAUCUGGUCGAUGUGUACCUGGAUGCUGUGUUCUUUCCAAAAUGUGUGGAGGAUUUCCAGACUUUCCAGCAGGAGGGCUGGCAUUACGAGCUCAAUGAUCCUUCUGAAGACAUUUCUUAUAAAGGAGUUGUUUUCAAUGAGAUGAAAGGGGUGUACUCCCAACCUGAUAAUAUAUUAGGGCGGAUUGCUCAACAGGCUCUUUUCCCAGACAAUACCUAUGGUGUGGACAGUGGAGGUGAUCCAAAAGUUAUUCCCAAACUGACAUAUGAGGAAUUUAAGGAGUUCCACCGUAAAUAUUAUCAUCCGAGCAAUGCCAGGAUUUGGUUUUAUGGAGAUGAUGAUCCAACUGAGCGGCUACGCAUUUUAAGUGAGUACCUAGAUAUGUUUGAUGCAAGUUCAGCUCCAAAUGAAUCAAGGGUUCAAACACAAAAACUAUUUUCGGAACCAGUUAGGAUUUCUGAGACAUAUCCUGCUGGUGAGGGUGGCGACUUAAAGAAAAAAGACAUGGUAUGCAUCAAUUGGUUGCUCUCUGAGAAACCCCUAGAUUUGGAAACGGAGCUUGCCCUUGGGUUUUUGGAUCAUCUAAUGUUGGGAACUCCUGCCUCUCCAUUGAGGAAAAUAUUGCUAGAAAGUGGCUUGGGAGAAGCUAUCAUUGGAGGUGGGGUUGAAGAUGAGCUCCUUCAACCUCAGUUUAGUAUUGGGUUGAAGGGUGUUUCUCAAGAUGAUAUUCCAAAGAUAGAAGAAUUAGUCAUGAGUACACUUCAAAACCUAGCGGACGAGGGGUUUGAUACAGCUGCUGUAGAAGCAUCCAUGAAUACCAUUGAGUUUUCUCUCAGGGAAAACAACACCGGAUCAUUUCCUCGUGGUUUGUCCUUGAUGCUUCGAUCCAUGGGCAAGUGGAUAUAUGAUAUGGAUCCAUUUCAGCCAUUGAAGUAUGAGAAACCUUUACUGGCACUAAAAGCAAGAAUAGAAGAAGAAGGCUCUAAAGCUGUUUUUUCUCCUUUAAUAGAGAAAUUCAUUUUGAACAAUCCUCAUCGAGUUGUGGUAGAAAUGCAGCCUGAUCCAGAAAAAGCUUCUCGUGAUGAAGCAGCCGAGAAAGAGAUUUUGGAGAAAGUAAAAGCAGGUAUGACAGAAGAAGAUCUCGCUGAGCUGGCACGCGCUACACAAGAUUUGAAACUGAAGCAGGAAACUCCUGAUCCACCAGAAGCUUUGAGAAGUGUUCCAAGCCUCUCUCUGCAAGACAUUCCAAAGGAACCUAUUGCUAUUCCAACAGAGGUUGGAGACAUCAAUGGAGUUAAAAUUUUGCAGCAUGACCUUUUUACAAAUGAUGUUCUCUACACUGAAGUUGUGUUCGACAUGAGUUUGCCAAAGCAAGAGCUCCUUCCUCUGGUACCUCUUUUUUGUCAAUCAUUGCUGGAGAUGGGAACCAAAGAUUUGAGUUUUGUGCAACUUAAUCAGUUGAUUGGAAGAAAAACUGGAGGGAUAUCAGUAUAUCCAAUGACAUCAUCCGUCCGGGGCAAGAAAGAUGCAUGUAGCCAUAUAAUUGUUCGAGGCAAAGCCAUGGCAGGACGUGCUGAUGAUCUAUUUCACCUGAUGAACUGCAUUCUUCAAGAAGUCCAGUUCACAGACCAGCAGCGGUUUAAGCAGUUCGUUUCCCAAAGCAAAGCUAGAAUGGAGAACCGAUUGAGGGGUAGCGGUCAUGGAAUUGCUGCUGCAAGGAUGGAUGCAAAGCUAAAUGUUGCGGGGUGGAUUUCUGAACAAAUGGGUGGUUUCAGUUACUUGGAGUUUCUACAAGAUCUUGAACAGAAAGUUGAUAAUGAUUGGGAGAAAAUAUCUUCAUCUCUUGAGGAGAUUCGCAAGUCCUUGCUUUCACGAGAGGGUUGCUUGAUUAAUAUGACUGCUGAAGGAAAGAAUCUUACCAACUCUGAGAAGUUUGUUGGCAAAUUUCUGGAUUUGCUGCCUAGUAAAUCUCCCCUUACAAGAACUACUUGGAAUGCUCGAUUACCUUCUACUAAUGAAGCCCUUGUUAUACCUACUCAGGUUAAUUAUGUUGGAAAAGCAGCCAACAUUUAUGACACUGGAUAUCAACUUAAUGGAAGUGCAUAUGUUAUCUCCAAAUACAUAAGUAAUACAUGGUUGUGGGAUCGUGUACGAGUAAGUGGUGGAGCAUAUGGAGGCUUUUGCGACUUUGAUAGUCACUCUGGUGUGUUCUCCUUCUUAUCUUAUCGCGACCCCAACUUGUUAAAGACGCUUGAUAUAUAUGAUGGAACUGGGGAGUUUCUACGACAACUAGAUAUGGAUGAAGAAACUCUCACAAAGUCCAUUAUUGGAACAAUUGGAGAUGUUGAUUCCUACCAGCUUCCUGAUGCCAAAGGUUACAGUAGUUUAAUGCGGCAUUUAUUGGGAGUUUCAGACGAGGAAAGGCAAAUUAGACGAGAAGAAAUAUUGUCAACCAGCUUGAAAGACUUCAAGGAGUUUGCAAAUGCUAUUGAUGAAGUUAAAGACAAAGGGGUUUCUGUUGCAGUGGCAUCUCCAGAUGAUGUCGAUGCAGCACAAAAGGAAAGAUCGAACUUAUUUGAAGUGAAGAAAGCCCUCUAAGACGGGCAUUGAUGCAAUGCUGUUAUAAUUUAUAAAGAAAUGGCCGCCUUAUGCGUCUCUGUUUCCACCCCUCCACAUAGAAAAUCAAUGCAACACCAAUAGUAGAUCAGGAAAGAAAUUUUGAAAUACUUUAAGGUGUACCCUGUCUUGCUACUGAUUCUCACUUCAGACUGAAGAAUGAGAUCCAAUUUUUUUGACACUAAAAUUUCUCAUUUGUUUCUCC